UCAGUUUGUACGUAAUGUACAUGAAAAGGCUGGAAAAUAAGAGAUCUGUUUAUAAUAGUAGUAGUAUACUUAAAUAUACAAAUUAAUAUUUUCUGUGCAAAAUUGUAGCCAAAUUGCCCAGUUCAAUAUAAUAAAACUACACUUACAGAGUCAGUGUACUACUUCACUCUAUUAUUAAUGCGAAGGUUUCUAUUCCUGAAUACAUCUUAAGCAUUUUAGUUGCACUGUGCAUGGGAUUGUUGCUUAAAAAAGGGAUUUUGACAAAGGAAAAAUCUUUUUCUGGGGGAAGACCUGUGUUGCCCGAUGAAAAGUUCCUGUAGCUCAAUUUUCUAAGUAUAAAUAGAUUCUAAAUAUACCAGAGAAAAAAGCUAGCAUGGUGUGCUGAGGUUACUACCCUCACGCAAACACCCAAAGGGUGUCGGGUAUAAAGUACAAGGCGAGUGGAAGCCACUGUUCACAGGUCUUCUGCCAAUUAGAGGAUCCCUUUCCAAAAUCCCUCUCCUGGAAAGAGCCGUUGUAAAGGCGCCUCCUCCCUCACGCUUCUACUACUAUACUACCCGAUCCGCGCACUAUCUUCAUUCCUGUACUUAGAUGUGAUAUGCACUUCUUUUUUGAAAGUACACCUAACAAGAUUCCAAAGGAUUUUCAAAAAAUGAACUGCUACAGGAGUAACAGGAUCAGUGCCUCCAGUGACCAACAUACUUUCCCUAUUAGACUAGGAAAUGGAGUUUACCAAAAAGGAGAUUGUCUUUCAUGCUCUAGGAGACAUCAAGGGUUGUUGCACAGUCCAAUAUGAUAUCAAACCUUUUAAAUGCCCCAGUUUCAUCCAUAGAUGUAGGUACAAAACUGUUUAUUAAGAGCACUGUUGUUCUUUUGUAUCCAAUGUUUUGAGUGAAGGUGUAAGCAAAGGUUAGCUACCAAAGCAGCCAUUCACUAACUAACUUUGGAAGUUUCUUCAGCUACCUGUACAGUGGAACCUCGACAUAUGAAAGUCCCUACUUACGAAAAAUCCAAGUUAUGAAAGCAAAGACGAAGAUUUUUUGCUUCUGCAUACACAAAUAAUUCAGGUUACGAAAGGGUGUACUGUAAAGUCCGAGAUUCGCCCAGACCGCCAAGAACAAUUUUAAAACUUGCGCGCCUCUAACUCUGUAGACUGCCACCAUCCUCCCACUCUCCCAUUGGUUCCUGAUGCUAGUCACCGCUGUAAGAUCCUGCUCUCCUAUUGGUCAGCAUCUAUCCCAUCAUGCCUCUACGUAAAGGCGUCAUUCGGCCACUUUGUCGCACCAGCGUUAUCGUACGCACGCAGAAUUCGUUCAUGCACAUGUACGUAUUUCGUUAGUUAACUUAAAUUCGUGUUAGUGAUUUCGCUUUCUAUUUGUACGUAUACUUUAUCAUGAUGUGUGUGAACUUAAUUAACUUAAUUAUAGCCAUGGGUCCCAAGAAUGUUGCUGAAGUUUACGGAAAGAAGAGGAUGCUUUCUUUGGAGACAAAGAUGGAGAUCAUUAAAAAGUAUGAAGCUGGCAUGCGGCUGAGUGUGAUUGCUAAGGAAUAUGGCUGAAAUCUGUUGACGAUAGGCACCAUCCUUAAACAGAAAGAAGCCAUCAAAGCAGCUACACCCUCCAAGGGUGUGACUAUUUUGUCCAACAAGAGGAGCCAUGAGCAUGAUAAGAUGGAGAGGCUGCUUCUUGUAUGGAUAAAAGACAAAGAAAUCACUGGCGAUACGAUAACUGAGACGGCAAUCUGCCAGAACGCCAGCGCUAUUUUCGGUGAUCUGAUUGCCCAGGCGACGGGAGAAGGGACAUCGACGCCAACCCCAGACUUCAAGGCUUCUCAUGGGUGGUUUGAUAAAUUCCGUAAAUGGACUGGCAUCCAUUCAGUUUUGCGGCAUGGGGAGGCUGCCAGCUCGGACACGAAAGCGGCCGAAGCCUUUAUCAAGACGUUUGAUGAGAUGACGAUCAAGGAAGGCUACAGUUCUCAGCAAGUCUUCAACUGUGAUGAGACUGGCCUUUUUUGGAAAAAAAUGCCUUGUCGGACGUACAUCACGGAGGAAGAGAAGAAACUACCCAGGCAUAAGCCUAUGAAAGACAGGCUUACGCUCGCACUAUGUUCCAACGCCAGUGGGGAUUGUAAAGUCAAGCCCCUACUUAUGUAUCAUUCGGAGACUUCUCGAGCCUUCAAGGCCCACAACAUGCUAAAAGAGGAGCUUCCAGUGAUGUGGAGGGCUAAUGCGAAAGCCUGGGUAACGAGACUUUUGUUCACCGAGUGGGUAAAUCUGUGUUUCUGCCCAACAUUGAAGAAAUUCUUGGAAGAGAAGCGCCUCCCUCUGAAAUGUCUGCUGUUGUUGGACAAUGCCCCUACUCGCCCUCCUGGCCUCGAGGAAGAUAUCCUAGCAGAGUAUUCUUUCAUCAAGGUUCUUUAUCUUCUGCCUAACACCACCCCUCUCCUCCAGCCCAUGGACCAGCAAGUGAUAUCGAACUUCAAAAAGCUGUAUACGAAACAUCUUUUCAAGAGAUGUUUCGACAUCACCGAUACCACAAACCUCACCUUACGUGAAUUUUGGAAGGAACAUUUUGAUAUUGUGAUAUGCAUCCGACUCAUCGAUCAAGCUUGGCAGGAGGUUUCGAGGUGAACCUAGAAUUCUUCGUGGAGGAAACUCUGGCCUGAUGCUGUAUCCGCCCGAGACUUCGAGGGAUUCAACGUGGGCGAAGCUGAUGCUGAUUCAGAAACAGUAGACAAUCCUGAAACUGUUUCGCAACCAGAUCUUGACGAGAUUGUUGCACUCGGCAAGUCCAGUCCAUGGGGCUGGUCGUCGACGAGGAUCACAUCCAUGACCUUCUAGGAGCACCAAGAGGAGCUUACGACGGAUAACCUGAAGGAGUUGGAGGCCAUGCAGCAGCGAGGAGGAGGAUGAGGAGGACCCUAUGACAACGGCAGAAAUUAAGGAUGCUCUAGCUGCUUUUCAUAAAGUGCAAUAAUUUGUAGAAAAGAGACACCCCGAAAGGCUUACACAGGUCGUAUGCUUGCGCAGUUUGAUGACGUUUACCCGAGUCGUUUCAGGAACAUUUUGAAAAGCAGGCAGAAGCAAUCUUCCUUGGAUAGUUAUUUCUUAAAGAGGCCUUUAGUAGUAGUAAGCAAACAGGAAGAUCCAAGUGAUACAAAAAAACCGAAAGUUGAAAGUGGUGAAGAAAUUGAAAUUUUGUAAAAAAUGUAAAAUAUGAAAAGUAAAAAAAAAGUAAAACUCAAAAAAAGAAAAAAAAAAGUAAUUUAAUUUUAAGUUUUUUGUAAAGUUAAGUGUUAGUUUUCUGCCAUUUGUUAAUGUGUUUCGUAAAGUUUAGUGUUAAUGUUUUCUGCCAUUUUUUAAUGUGUUUCGUAAAGUUAAGUGUUCAUGUUUUCUGCCAUUGUCCACCUCCUCUGUCGCCACUUUCGGAGAUCGCCUCACUCGAAAGGUAAGGUUCCACAUUUUACUACAUAUGUACGUACGGUAUUUCUUGUACCAUGUAUACACUAAUACUUUAUUUACAGGUAUAGUAUAGUUUAUGUUAGGUAUUGAAUGGUCCAAAUUGUUGUAUUUCAUUGUUUAUUGGUCAAUUUAGCUUUAUUAUAAAAUUUACUGUGGUGUUUUUGUAGGGCUUGAAACGAAUUAGGCAAUUUACAUGUAAAAUGUGGUUCGAGAUACGAAAAAAUCAGGUUACGAAAGCCGCUUCGGAACGGAUUAAUUUCGUAUCCUGAAGCACUACUAUAUUUAAAUAUUAAUAUUGGUAGUACUGUAAUUAAAUAUGGGAGUUUUUUCAUGAAGACAUUUCAUUUUAAGGGAAUUUUUUUGAGUGAAAUUUGUUUGUUGCACUUAUAUUAUUUAGUUACAUGUUGGUUCUUGGCCUUAGCUUGUUAGUCUCCUUCACUUGCAUAUAAAUGUCAAUAGUAAAUAAAUUCAUUUUUAAAUGUAUACAUUUGCUUAUUGUAAAUAUUGUAAUUAAUUAUUGUAAUGUGUAAAUAACACUGUUGCAUAUAAUAUCUCCAUCAGUCACUUAAGUUAUAUUAAUCACUUAUUAAGAUCCAUCUUAAGUUUUGAUAAGUAGUGACAUGAGUAAAGAUGUAAGAGCAGAAUAUUUUCUCUUUCAGGCCUGUGUCACUAUUAUUCAAAGAACACUAUUGUGGUAAACUAGGAUAGUUGCUUAAUUUUACACCUUUGAAGUAUUCUUAACGGUAAGGUGAUUUUCUUUUGGUAUAGUCAUUAACUGGAUGAUUAGGGUUUGAUUGAAAUUUUCUGUAAAGAAUGGAUGUUAGAAUUUAAGUAGAUCAACAUUCGGUUUGUACUGGCUGCAGGGGUACAGAGUGUGAUCUUGGAACUAGAAUGUGUGAAUAUGUCAGGUAUAGGAAAGAAGGGAAGAUGAUAAAUUGCAAAAGCAAUUAAUUAGGUUAGGACUUAAACCUGUCAGUUCUAUCCUACCAAGUGUCCCUUCCUCUGUAGCUAUCUGUACUCAGGCUAGGCAUUUUGGUAGUAAUAGUAUUGAGACUUCCUUUGUGUUUUAGGUUCUAAUACAAGUGUAACUGAGUUCGUGACAGGGAACAUUCCAAAUCCUUCCAUAGUGUGUGCUCUUUUUGCGUUCCCUUGUUAGAAGUAAGGUGUUGGUGCCCGAGCCUUGGACUACCCUAUGAUAGUGUGCCUUGUGAAAGUCAGCUACCAGGGAAUAUACCUACUCCAUCCUUUUACGGUUUGGAUCGCUUUUAAUGCGUUCACUUAAGGAUUGUUUUGCAAAACAAUAAUCUUUGUUCUUUAUGCGCAUUUUGCCGUCAUCAGCACCUAGUUUGAGGAUGUUAGACGCAUAGGAUUAAUAAUAUAGGUAAAGACAGUUUUAUUGAUAUAAUAAUGUGUCUGCAGCAAGUUUUAUUUAUUCUGUUUAUUGUGCAGCACAAAAUAAUACGUUGACUCAGUCGACAUUUUAAUCAGUCUCUCAUGUUUUAUUUAUUCUAAAUUCUCGUCUGCUAGCCUAUUCCUCUUCUUCCAUCGAAAUGCACUUGUUCAUUCUUUGCAUGCUUUUUCUUCGGCUAUUGGCAAAUCUCUUAUUACUGCCUUGAUUAAUGUUUCUCUUUUCGAUCUACAAUGUUUAUAGUAUCUGGUUCUUUCCAGGCUACCCUUAGAUAUUAUUCUAGCUUCAUAGCUUUCUAAUGAUGUAUCAAAUGGGAAUGCUUUCAAGUAUGUUGGUGUCCUUUAAAUAUUUUUUGGAGAAGAGAACCUAAGCUUUCUCCUUCAAUUAAAACGUGUUUCAUAACUUUUCCAGUACUCGGUCGCACAUGGCUUCCUUAAGGUCUGCUGUGGCUUGUCUUGUUUCUAAUUAAGGCGUGGAGUGCUGGAGACUGCCUCUUGCAAUAGAAGCGCGUAUUGGCACUUAAACCAUAUUCGAUAAGAGAUUUGGUUGGUUUCUUUCUCUUUCCUGUGAUGAGAUGAACUCGAGAAUGACAAUGCUUUGGACAUGCUGAAUGGAGUCUCACUCUGGCUUUUUGAAUUGUUAUGUUUUGCUUAGUACGUUGUCUCUUCUCUGUGUCAGUUUAGAAAAAUGUUCCUUCGGCUUCAGCAGAAGUCUCUUUCUCUUUAGUAGGUGGUUUUUAUAUAGGGAGAACGAAUGGACCAGGUGGUAAUUCACUGGGAUUUUACCUUUCUUUCCUAGUUCCAUAAGCAAUUGGAGAUAGGCAGUCAAUCUUGGACAUUUUGAGACUGAAUAACAUGAAGUGUCUGUCUCCAUACUCUUUGGUUUCUUAGCAUGGUUGUAGUGCCUUUCCAAAGAAUGGUCAGACUUGUGGUAGACAUGCAGUAACGCAUUCCUCUUACCACUACAUCCUCAGUCACGACUCACGGAAGUUCUUUCAAGAUGUAUUUACAAGAAGGUAUGGUUGUUCGGUGCACUUUGGGUUAGUGUACAGUGCCUCGAUACGUAUAGUCGCGGAUUUUAUUGCCCAUAAGUUGAUAGUGUCAACUUUAGGAGCAAGAAUAUUUUCUACUGAAUCUGGUUGGCCAACUCUGUCGACAGUAAUCACAGUAUUUUUCUAUUGAGAAAUAUCCUCAAAAAUUUUUUUUUAUCAAUUCAUCAUAAAAUGCACUUAUUGUGAUGAAACUAUUUAAAAAAAAAACAGGUAAACAUAUUUUUAGUGGGUUUUUCUUGAGUUUUACCUCACAAAGUAAGCAGUUUUAAGAGUUUUUACAGGGGCUUCAACUUUUCGCAGGUUCUAGCUAUUCGCGGGGCGGUGUCUGGUACCUAUCCCUUGUGAAUAGGGGGGGAACACUGUACUAUUCCUAAUCCCAAUCCGUUUCUGUACAUUAUGAGUUUUAAUUCUCUAAAUCCUCAUUCUUAUCUAGUAAAGUGGGGAUGAUACUUAAAAUGUGCAGGCUUGUCUGUCAAAGAUGAAUAGGCAAUUCCUUCUUGAAGAGUUUUAGGCCUGAAGGAAGCUUCCCAAAUGGUAGGGCUUUCUUUAUAAAGAAACAAGGCUUCACUCGGGAUUUACAUAAUCAGGCUCAAUUAAUGUACUCGCUGUGUAAGUGAUUAUGACUUACAACUAACGUUCAUUAAAUUUAUAAGUACAGACAGUCCCCGGGUUACAACGGGGUUCCGUUUUUGAGACGCGUCGUAAGCGGAAAAUCGUUGUAAGCCGGAACAUCGUAAAAUAUCCAAAGAAAACCUUACUUUUAAUGCUUUGGGUGCAUUGAAAACUAUGUAAACUGCAAUCUUAUUGCAUUUUUCAUAAAAAAAACCUUCAAAUAUUGAUUAUUUUGCAUUUUUGGUGUCAUAUUUCAUCUGCCAGAUGAGCGCUGUAGGCGUCGUAACCCUGAAAAUAAUGUCUGAUGAAUAUAAUUGAGAAGCGCCUUAACCUCGGAACGUCGUAACCCGAACCCGUCGUAACCUGGGACUGCCUGUAAUCCAGUUGAAAGUGUAAUGACACUAGUUAAAACUCUCUUUGUGUCGCCAGGUUCUGCAGGAGGGACUGUUACCAAGAGUUGUCCAUUUUAUUCUUAGCCUAUGUCCAGGUUUUGGUUUUUCCCUUUAUCAUGCAACACAAAAAGUUUUAACGAGUGUCAUUACACUUUCAUACAACACAGAAUAUUCAACACUACACCUCGUAAAACUUUCUAGAUGUCAGGGCAGUGGAAAGACCAUCAGGGAUGCCUAGCAGAUUUAUCCCUGGUCAGAAACAGUCUAUGUGGGAAGUUUGCUGCUUUGAUUGAAAUGAACAACAUGAUAUUGGUUUGAUCAUUCAUUCUAUGGAAGGACAGUGUUUUGCCAAUUGGGGAUUCCGAAGAACAAACUACCUACAGAUGACCUUUACAUCCGUAAGUUCGGCAGUUGCUGUGGGAUUUGAGGAGCACUCGUGUAGACUCUAGCAUGUAGAUGAACUGGAACACCCAGACAAUUACUACUCCUUUGAUGGUCCUCAGGCUUGAGCAGUGGAUGUGUUUCCUUAAGUUUGGUCCGAUUCAGAUUCAUGGUGUCACCUGUAGAGCCCUUGUCGCCACAGAGCAAAUGAUUUUCAGGAUUCCUAGCGAUCUUGGUAGAUGCAUCUUUUAUUCUUCCUUUAAGAGGAAAUCAACUCUGCACAAUUUCAUGCACUUCCACUAACUUAUGCAUCUCCUUCUUAACCACUUGGAGAUGCUAGAAUGUCCCCUCCCAAUAGUAAGGAGAUUUUCAAGUUAUCAUAGAAUCUAUUCUUAAUCAAGUGGAAAACAAUUGUGGCGUUGUAUCAGAAGCAGCUGUCAGUGUAUUGGUGAGGGUCCAUUCUAGAGGAAUUUUUAUCAGCAGGAACCUUUUAGACGUCAAUGUUUUCAGCUUUAUUAGAGAUAGUAUCCUUGGUAUUGCAUCCUGCUUUUGGAUCUCGCUGAGGAUCAGCACUGAGGUAUUGAGAUUGAAGCCCCUUCAUCUCUAUAUCAGUUUCUCUGGAGUUUAGAUGUCUAAACUUUAUUUGAAUUAUUUACUAUGAAACCUUUUAUUUAGUGCUAUCAACAGUUAAUGAGUCAAUUUAUUGCAAGCACUUUUUCUCACUGUCGUAAAGGGAAUGC